CUUCCCUGAUCCAAAGAAAUAUCCGGAGAUGUACGGCAAAUGGCUUGAAAAUGUCAACAGAAAUGCACAGGUUAAAUUCAUGCCGACAGGGGGAAGUCGUCUUUGUUCAGAACAUUUUAGCUCUGCAGCUGAGAUGAAGGAAGAGGGUGGACAAAGAGUGAUACUGACGCCAUUUGCUGUUCCAACAAUAUUUCCCAUUUCUAAGGUUUGUGCCAUCAUUUUCUCAAUUAAUAUAAAUACUUAAACGUUUAACAUGUUUGUGCCCACAACAAUUUUUUGUUGGCACUUAAAUAGGCGUAUAUUAAAUUCCAAUUUAAUAUCUGCACACUAUUGUUUCUCACAUGUUUCUCAUAUACAUAUAUACCCCUGAGGAAUUCCAAGGUCAACCAACUUUCACCUGAUGAGGAAUUCCAUUUACUACACAAUGCUCUCUACACCUGUGAAAUUCCAGUCCAACUAUGCGUGCUUUUUUUACAAUUUACCAUGUGGUAAAUCUAUCAUAGUUCAGUUCUUACAUAAAUAGUUGACCUACACAGUGGCAGACAAUAGCUGCAACAAUAAUUCCAUGAGGGCAAUUGGCAGAUUAUAAAUUAAGCAAAGUAUUGCAGGAAAUUUACAUGCCACAAAAGGGCUAGAGGUGUUAAAUGUUUUUGGCAACUGAGUAAUUAUCACUCCACCCCUCUCUCUCCCCAAUAUUUUGCAAAGUAUCCACCACUGGCCAUUUUUAUUCAUUAAAAAAUUUCAUUCUUAAACUUAAAAAAUUUCAUUCUUAAACUUUCAUUCUAUAAUUGCUUCAUGGCAAGUCCUAUAUGGUGGUGAAUAGCAGAUACUAGGAUAGGGGUAAUCAUCUACCCCCCUAAUAAUUUCUAAAAGCCCUUGAAUGGUGGCUGAAUAACUGUGUCAAAAACAAUUUGUAACAAUAUGAAUUUCACACGCAUGCAUGAAUUAGUUUCAUUGUAGGGAGGGGGUUGUAGUUGAAAUUGCAGCAACCAAUUUUUUUUAAUUAAUCAUUAUGCAAUGACUAAUUGACCAUUUUCUGCACAUCCAUGGUUGAUAGAAUAACAUUGUUUGAUCCCAUAACUUGCGAGAAAUAUCAUGUGCAUAAUGAUAUAUUGUGAGUUGAAAUGUGCAAAAUUUUUAUAUGUAAAUAGUACAUACUAUAGUGGCAAGAGUUGCAAACGUAACAUGAGGGAUUCAUAGAGAUCCAUUCUUGUCUAAGACGCUAGUUUCCUUAACGAGUAAAAGAGAGAAACAGACAGUAGAGAAAAAUACUGAACUCAGGUAUAUUUGGAUACUUGCAUGCACAGAUUAAAUUGGUUAGAUUUUGUAGGCAGUUAACUAACUAGACACAAUGGCAGAUAUACCAUACUAUGCCGGUCCAUACUGUACAUACCUUGGUUAACCCAUUAAUGUGCAAAACUCUUCUCUCUGGCAUUAGAUAGCGUAAAAUUAAACCCACAUUUGCCCGCCCGUUUUCUAGUUCUUGCAUAAAGCAAAUACGUGUUAAUUAUUCUCUAACUGCCGUACACAGCUAAAAACGCACAGGUUGUUGCAAGUUGAUAUCGACAGGCGUGAACUAUUUUGUGCGGUCAACUAUGAACAAGUUGUCAACCAUGUUGUUCCAAGUUGUUACAGUUGAACAAUGUUGUAACAACAUGUUGACAAUACUGUUCAUAGUGGGCCGCACAACAUUGUUCACACCUGGAUAGGGUUGGGCGAUAUUAAAAAAAUCAUCUCACGAUUAUUGUCGAGGAAAUUAUCACGAUAUUCGAUAAUAUUGCGAUAAAUGCAAUAAAACAAUGACCACAUUUUUCAAUUUUAAUUAAUAUCGAAGCAUAGUAAGCUUAUAUAUAAUCUUAUUAAAAACAAGUAUUAAGUAAUAUGAAGGCUUUUUCAGGUCUGAUAUUUACUGGUCAUUAAACCAGAACUGUCUGUGCAUUUAACUGCCUUCUGUGUCUCCGCUGGCACAAAUGCUGUGUGCCAAAUGCUGUGGGCACACAGCGCAAGAAAAGCCUGCAAUUUCAUUGUUUAGCGGAUUGAUACAUAAAUAUUAGCUUUUAUAUCGUAUUAAAUUUGUGUUUAAUUCAGGAAAUAAUUUUAAUUCUUUUAAAAACUAUAUUUAUAAAAGCUAUAUACACGUGCGAAGCAAUAUCACGAUAGUCAUCGAGCAUGACGAUAAUUUCGAUAUAUCGUCGCUCAAGUUUCUACCUUCGAUAUGAUAAUCGCGAUUGAAAAUAUCGCGAUAAAUCAAAAUAUCGAAAUAUCGCCGAACCCUAGUUGUUGAUUUUCGGCUCAAUUUUAACGCGUGUAGGUAAUGAAGAAUGGAGAGACCAGUACUAAGAAAGCGUCAAUUCAGGAUUUUGUAGCAGUAGAACAAUUUAAUGGUAUGUCAGACAAAAAAAGUAGUCUAGUAGAAACAGUAGUAAUAAAUGAAGAUAGUGUAAGUGAUGAAGGAUUGAGUUUGCAGGUGGUUAAUGAAGAGAUCAUUGCUACAGAUAGUGUGCGUAUACAGGAGGUGAUUGAAAAGGUACCUAUCGAAGACAACGUAAAUGUACCAUUAUAUAUAGGCAAGAGAAAAUAUUUGGAUGAAACGGAGAUUGAGGUAAGCAUGUCUCAAAAAAGGGCGCGAACAACCAGUUCUUCUGAAAAUAAUGCAAAUGAUCACGUAUAUUGUGUAAAGUCUCCUCGUAGAGUGAGAAGGGAAGUUGAUGAUCUUACAUGUAAAGUUAAAAAUCUACAGAAGAAAUUGAGACUAGCCCAGCAGAAAACAAGGAGGAGGAAUAAGAAGGUUAGCACGUUGACUGCAGUGGUAAGUGAAUUAAGAGAAAAAAAUCUGAUCAAUAGUGAUUGUGUGACUAUUCUAGAAUCAACUUUUUCUGGAGUUCCAAAGGAACUUAUGAAGAGGUUGGUGACACAAAAGAAAAAGAAAAAUCUUGGGGCGUAUCCACCCGAGCUAAGGUCAUUUGCCCUGACCUUGAAAUUUUAUUCAACUAAAGCGUAUAACUAUGUGCGAAAAAGUUUUGAUUUAGGGCUGCCACAUGUAAACGUGAUUCGGUCAUGGUACAGUUCCAUGAACGACGAGCCAGGUUUUACAAAGGAUGCACUGACAGCAUUGAAAGCCAAAGUUCUAGCUGCAAAAAGAGAUAACCAAGAAGUUGUUUGUACACUAAUGCUCGAUGAGAUGGCCAUACGCAAACAUGUUGAAUGGGAUGGUAAGCAGUUCCGUGGUUAUGUUGACCUUGGAACAGGCAUCAAUGACGACUCGCUGCCUGAAGCAACAGAAGCUCUUGUUUUUAUGGCAGUCUCGGUGAACUCCGGUUGGAAAGUACCAUGUGGAUAUUUUCUAGUGAAUGGUAUUACUGGAGAACAGAAAGCCAACUUGACCAAAGAAUGCAUAACCAAGUUGCACGAAGUAGGGGUGAAGGUGGUGUCUUUUACGUGUGAUGGCCCCACUUCUCACCAGACGAGGUUGAAAUUGCUCGGCGCUCAACUGUUACCUGAUAACUUGCAAGCGUACUUCCAACAUCCAUGUGACCCGAAAGCCAAGAUCUACAUCUUCCUAGAUGCUUGUCACAUGAUAAAGUUGGUAAGAAACACCAUGUCGGAUUGGAAGGCCCUAAAGGAUGGCAACGUCAUCAAGUGGCAAUUCGUGGAAGAAUUGCAUAAAUUACAAGAGUCAUGGGGCUUACAUCUUGCCAAUAAGCUCCGAUCCGCUCACAUAAAAUGGAAGCCACAGAAAAUGAAGGUAAAUCUAGCAGCACAGGCACUCUGUUCGAGUGUUGCAGAUGCCUUGGAGUAUUGUGAAGGUAAGCUGAAAUUGCCACAAUUUCAAGGGUGUGGUCCAACAGUAAAAUGUAUUCGUGUUUUUGAUCAUCUUUUUGAUGUUCUGAAUUCCAGGAAUCCGUUGGUUCUGCAUGUCUCUGAGAACUAUAAAUUUCUAUUUCAAAAGCAAUCUUGAAUUGCUUAACUUGUUCAGACGAUUACGUGAUGACUAUAUUUAAAACAUAAGAAGCAGUGUUUUAUCAGAUAUAAAGAUACGAGACGAAGCUAGCCGAGUAUCUUUAUUGGUCUGAUAAAACACGCACUGCUUUAAUAACAAUCGAUCUGUAUAGUAAGUUCAUUGGCGAGGUAAUUUUCAAAAAAAUACAUUGUGUAAGUCGAGAAAAUCAAAGUUGAAGUUUAUGGAGGAAAGGAAACCUCUAUCACAUAUAAAAUACGACAUGCUUAUAUAUGAUUUUUCUUUGUUUUCUCCUCGUGAAUUGUUGAGUGAUUUGAAGACUGUUUAACUAAUCUUUCAUUUUAAUUAUCCCAGUUAUAGACAUUGUAUUUUUGAGAGGAAGGGCACCUGGCACAAUUUUAUUGUGUUUCGAGGAAGUUUGCAUUGUUGAUAAUGCAUUGUCAAUGGUACCUGCACAUCUUAGAUGUGUUCGAGGGUUGACAAACGAGUAAGGAAAUGAAUGGUGUUUGUAAAGUGUUAAUGAUACCUGAACAUUUUAGAUGUGUGUGAGGUAUAUAACAUAAGAAAUGAAUGUCUUACCUUGAAUUUUCUAGUACAAUAAAUAUAAUUGAAGAUGGUACGAGGUACGUAAUAUACAGUACAUAUACGUAUUACCUGUAUUAUUUAGCAGUUUACUAUGUCUCAUGAAUUAUUACCAUAUUUACCAUAAAUAUUUUUGUUUAUUUCUAGGUCCAUCGAUCCAUAUACAUCUCAUUCAAUAACUGCGUUGCUGUAUAUUUUAAUUGUGCUUUAUUAUUAUAUAUAUUUAGUUAUAACAUUUUGAAUUGUAAACCGAUUAACAUGCAUCUAUGUGACAUAUUUAUGUCUUAUUAUAACAUUAAGUUAGAAUACCACUUACAAACUAACAUUUUAAACAACCAGGCAGGCAUUUUAUCUCUCUUGACACUUCAAUGGGUUGACAUUGAACACAUACUGCAUUUAUUUAACGCCAGCUGGAAGAACAAGGAACAUAAGGGAAUGUUAUUAUCCGAUUGAGAUUUCUAAAUGAUAAAGAUGAACAUGAAGUUACUGCAUGGUAUACUCUAUAAGUAUAAUGCCAAGUAAGUGUUUAUCAGAUUCACAAUCUUAGUUGAGUAUAUUUAGGGGAUCAUAUUAAUAAGCCUGAAUGAAUGGACAGUGUCACUUUGUCCUUACCUAUGGACACUUGAAUGAUUGGAUAUUACUUAAUUCAUUAAUUGGUGGCAUUAGCCUGAAUGAAUAGACAGUGUCUAUUAUGCAUUAAUGGGUUAACAUGUAUCAUUAAAAAUGAUAACUCCAAUUUUGCCUUUCCCACCUUCAGUGUUCAAGACAUUGAGAAAGGUGAAGUUGGAUUUAUCAUUUUUAUGUAAUAAUAAACCUCUCAAUCCUUUAAAUGUCAAUAGAUAAUUUGGUAUAGGUAAAUUAAUAUUGCUUUAUAUACAUAUAUAUAUAGAUGUGAUGAUUUCUAAACAAAGAUAAAACGGACUAAAAUACAUAUUCCUCAUCUUGAUGGCCGGAUGACAAAAUUGAAAGUUCAAGAGAAAAUAUAUUUAUACUAUGCUCUUAUUGACUAUUGGCAUAUUCAACAUUUUCAUCAGUUUUUGAUUACAAAGGAAAUUUCAAGAGAACAUAUCCUGCUCAUCAAAUUAUGCUACCGCGGUCACCAUGCAUAUCCAACGCAUAUCGAAUAAUGGCUAUUAUAAUAUUUAGUCAUCAAAAAUGCCUAUAAACUUUACACGUACGUUAUGGACAACUGAGAAGAAUUAGUUUCCGUACCAUCUUAUAUAUCAUCAACAUUUUCAUCAAUUAAUUUUCACAGAAUGGAUUAAAUAAUUCAAGAGAAAAUAUAUUUAUGGUAUACAUAUUCCUCGAUCAUCACAUUAUAUGCUACCAUACCAUAUAUAGUCUACUGCUAUUGGAUUAAUCAUCAUCAAAAUGCAUUUAACCUUACAUUAUGGAUAACAGAAUAAUUGUCAUUAACAUGUCCAGUCUUAUAAUGGAUCACAUUGAAGAAAUUAUGCUGUCAUAUCAUCUAGACAUAUAUUGACACUUCAAAUGCUUGAUGUGAAUUGCUACGAUUUGUGUUCAUUUGGCCCAAAAUGUCAAAGAAAGUGUAGGCUACAUGCUUUGGAUGUGAAUUGGAUUAGUGAAUUUAUAUAAAACAUUAUUUAGUGUUGUUGAUUAAUAUAUAAUAAGUGAAUAAAAUAAUUAAUUGUUAGAGUACUACAUUGUAUACCAUGCAUCCUCUACUCACCCCCUCCCCUCACACACGCAGCAAAAAAUUCCCCUUGAAUAUUUAAAGUUUGUUCAUAUUGCAUGAUUAGCCCUCUCCACUGGUUGUUUUAACUUAAUGGGUUAGCAUGCAUUAACCCUCGGUUAACAUUUAACUCGCUGUUCUGGUUUUUGUAUUUCCGCACGUUAAUUUGAUAUGCUUGGAUAGUCAUGAAAUAAAUAUUUCUAGGAUGGGUUUAUAGAGGACUUAUGGUCAAUAAUAUUUACUCCAAUUGGCAUUAUGUUAAGUGUAGUUGGAAUAUUAGACUUAUUAAUGCUGUAAGAUAUAUAUUUGAUUUUAACCCUUAAUGUUAUUUUACUUUGUCUAAUGCCAGGUGACUUAUUAAUGCUGUAAGAUAUAUAUUUGAUUUUAACCCUUAAUGUUAUUUUACUUUGUCUAAUGCCAGGUGAAGUAAUGUUUUACUCGAUCUGUCUAUUAAAUGCUGGGUGAUUUCACUUUUUUCACUCAAUUGGUGAAUCAGACUAUUUGCCCUACGCUUCGUCCGGAGUUACGGAAUACGGACAUUUAAAAUUGUACUUUAAGCUAGUUAACCUAAUCAAGUUGCAUUGCACCCUACCUAUACCAUUGUAACCAAAUUCAUUAUUGCAAAGUUUUCAAUCUAUAUAAAAAGCAGCGUGGGUGCUAGUCGGAAGAAUGGGUCAGGGUGGGAUGUUGGUGUAGCGUUGCGAAUGCUUUUGGCACAGUGUUUACACCAAAUGCACCCUGGUCGAAAGCUUUGCAAUAAUAAUUUAUACAGGUUUGUAUUUCCACCACAAAACAUAUAAUGUAUUAUACAGUACAUAAUAGCGGGCUACAUACCAAGUGCCAGAGGAGGGCAAUUUUAGGAUUCUAAAAUCUGAUCUUAUAGGUAAAUAGAAUAUAUAUUACUUGACAUGUAUAAUGCAGAUUAAUGCUUUGAAGUAUUCAGAUUUAUUUGGUUCACUUAGAUAAAUCACCAUUCAAUUAGUGUUCAUACUUCAUGUUAAUGGUAAUAUUGUUUCCAUUCUAUCCACCAAUCAAAUUGGGCCCUUCAUUUCGCGCCCUUUUCAAGUUUAACAAAUUGUCGUAUGCAUAAUUUUAGGAGGACAUUUAAAAUUGUAAGGUAACUUUUCAUUUUAAUACUCGUGUUUAAUUAAGUAAAAUAACUCGUUAUAGUAAAAAGUAUACAGAAGAUAUAUAAAGAAUAUAUAUAUAUUUACAUAUUAACAGAUGAGUCAAAACCAGGAAAAUGCCCGUGAAGGGGGAGAGUUACCGGAUACAAAUGGUAUUUAUAUGUCUUAUAUGUCCGUAUUUUUUUUCAACAUCAUCUGUUUACAAAUCUUUCUGAAAACUGAAUAUGUUGGUCUUGUUGAAAUAUAAACUAAGAAUUUUCAUUUUUUGGGUUAUGCAAGACCAUGCAAGUUCACAUUCUCAGUACGACUGCAAUUUGAAUUUUAUUUCAAAAGCGGUAUAAAAAGUGCAUUGUUAGACAAUAUUAAGUUAAGUCAACAAUCUUUGUUUUUGUUUGUCUUUGCAGAUUCAGAGCAAAGUGAAGGACUUCCCGAAAUGGAAACUGGUAAGUUUUUUUAGUAAGAAUUCCAAUUUUGUUUGAAUUGAAUAGUCCAUAAUAUACAAUACCAUAUUUUGUAGAUGUGUCAAAUGCUGAAACAGCGCCUGGUUCAGACCACAGCCAAAGCCUUAACGGUAUGAUUAUGCAUUAUGUAUUUGGUAUUUAUGGCUAUAAAUAUAGACUAUAUAUAAACAAUAUAAUAAACAUGAAAAUAUACUAGUUAAGUUUCCCUACCCUUUGGGUAUAGUAUUUGCUAUGUGUUUAAUGAAGUCUUAGAUAAACAUUUAGUAAACUGUACAUGCAUAUUUUUAAUAGGUCAGUUGGCAGAGAAAGACAACCAAAUUAGGCAAAAGGUUGAAUUUAAAGGUAAUGCAUGCCUGUUAAUACUUACAAUUGUUUGUUAUUUAAAAGCUGUUAAACCAGUGGCGGUGCUAGGCCUCAGAAUUUGGAGGGGGGGGGGGCAUUUGAUGGGGGCAAACUCAUAUUGGGGGGGGGGGCAAGAUAGAAUUUUUAAAAAGGUACUGCUAUUUGCCCAUGCCAUUGUCACAGGACUUAAUUUUCUCCCCCUCCCCCCAGGAGAUUCGCACCAUUCUCAAAAGGGGCCGAUAUUCCUAGGCAUACCGCACCCGGGGGACGAAUAUCCUAGGAAUAUCUCUCCCCCCCCAGAGGGGCGAAUACCCCAGGAAUCCCCACUUUAGGAUAUUCCCCCCCCCCAAAAUAUGCGAUGUGGUUUAUUCGAAUAAUUUUGUGAUACUUUCAUUUUAUUAGUGCCUUACAGUAAGGCCCAUACAGACCGGACGAUAUUUGGCAACGCGACGCGAAUUUUCAGUUUUCAAUGACAUUUAACUUUAAUAUUUUUCAUUGUUUUUAAAAUAAUCGGGACCACUUUUGACUUAGCAAUUUUAGCUAUUUGGUGUGCAUACCUUGUAAAAUUUUAUCUGUUGACGGUUUUAUUUGUCAGUUGAAAACUGAAAAUUUGUGUUGCGUUGGGGACAAAAUAGGGGGGGGCUAAAAAUAAUUUUGGGGGCAUUCCCCCCCCCAUCUGGCGCCGCCACUGUGUUAAACUAAACAUAACCUAUUAAAGUGUCAUCUACUUCUUUAUUUAGGAAAAUGUCAUAAUUGUGGCCAGAAAGGCCACAAAUCAACAAGUUGUAAAAAACGUAUGUGUUUUCCUUUUAUCUUUUCAAAAAAAUUUAAUAUAAAGACAAAUCCUACCUGACAUACUACCUAUUGGGCUAUAACUAUAAGUCCAGGGGAACCCUACAGUUUCUAUAUUACCACAUGCUUGUUAAUUGGAUCGAGUUACAUGAAUAGUAAAUUCAUUCCUUUUUCUCUGUUUACAGCUUACAAUCGAGAUCAAACAAGUAAGUUUAGAAAAUGUUUUUUGUAUUGUAAUUAUUGACUACUAUUGAGUCUACUACUAGUUAUUAAAUUCAGAUUAAAAUACUUUAUGCUUCUGUCUUGUAGGAAGAAGAUGUUAUCAAUGUGGCAAGCCAGGCCACAUUGCAAAGCAAUGCAAGCAAAGAUUAAGGAGUGCAGGGCCUGGCUUGCAUACCGUUUUAACUAACUGUCAAAAUUUGACCAUUAAUAUGAAAACAGGCAGAAAUUCACCCAAAGAAAACUAA